CAGUAUCGAAGGUGGUACUUCCGUUUUCAAAUCAUCUAACUAAGUUGAUUGUUGACAAAUUACUUUGCAUGCGUAACUGAGUCAUCUGAUUCCAGAACCUUACAGUUUUGCAUGUACAGCAGCAUGGAUAAACUUAAAAAGGCUUUAAGUGGAGACGAUGGUGAUGAAGAUAAGGGAAUAGUUACUCAGGUAGGGAAGCUUACUACACUACUCGUAGUUUUAGCGGACUUUAGCGACUACUCGGUUGACUCAGUCCGGAAAGUAAAUAGUAAAUGAAAAUGAAAAAUAAACAGUAAAUGAGUAGUCCUGAGGAAAACACUUCCUUGUACGAAUUGUUUGUUAACUUAAACACUUGAAUGAACUAAGUUCACACUGCUAUUGCAAUUUACAUGUAGGCCUAGCCUUGCCUUACUAUAGGCUAUACUAGGCUAUAGGAUUGUUAGAGUCAGAGUGCUCUCAGCCUGAGAGUACCGUUCUAACGAUACCUAAUUUAUUAUCUUGCCUUUUUUGUGUUUAUUUGUAUUGAAAAACUGUUUUGUUUAUUCAUAUUUUUCAAAACUUUAUUUAUUAUAUUAUUAUCUUUUAUUUACUAUAGGCAUUAUAGGCCCUCUAACCCUCUUGCCUAGCCUAACCAUCUUGACUAAUCGGUCUUAGUCUAAGUCUAAGCCUUCUAUUUUUAAGUGUUUUGUUGUUUUUUAAAGAUAUGUUAAUAAUUAACAUAUUCAUAUACAAAACACUUAGACUGAUUAAUAUAUUUUUCCCCUCAAAAUAGCUAGCAAUUGGUGCAAUUUAAACUGGUUAUUAGUUUUAAGUUUUUUAUUUGCAUUCUUAACUCUUCUACUGAGGAAGGUCAUAUCAACAUGAUAUUUUAUACAAUCAAUGGUGGCAAUGGAUUUAUUCAUUUAUUGUUUAGAACUAGAACUGUUCCAUUUUCAAUUUUGAUAACACUAACACAUUUUGGUACGUGACCGGCCAUGUUAAAUAUUGUGGCGCACUGGAUGUAUCACAAAUGAACUUAUUUAUUCAUUCAAAUUCAAAGAGCAAUUAUUUUAAUUUGUGGCAUAAACAAACAUUUGUAUAAUUCAUAUUAUAUUAUAUAUACAUAAUUUUUUGUGGGCAGUAAGCACCAUUUCGAUGUACCUGCCCCUAUUUUGGACUGAUAUAUUGAAAUAAGUACCAUAUAUACUCUCAUAAAAGCCUAUAUCGCAUAUAAGCCGACCCCCUAAAACUGCUUUAAAAUGGCCAGUUUUUGCAAAAACCUGUGUAAAAGCCGACCAUACAAUUGUCUAAUUUUACUCCAUAUUUUUGGUUCAUAGAAAUUUUUUACUGUAAAGGUGUUAAAUGCUUACUUUUAUGUUACAUACCAGUUUGUUAACCUUUUGGAAUGACACAAAAACCUGUUAUGCUCUUUCCACAUUGUUUUCUAUAAUAAUAUCUGUAUAUAUAUAUUAGUACUCUGUACACACAACCAAAUAAAGAGUCAGAUAGGGAUGGAAAUGUGUGGCUGGAAAAUUGGCAUUAGUGUCUGUCCUUGUGUCCAUUUUGUUUUAUGCACAUAUAAGCAGACCCUCUGGUUUCAGCAUUGUAUUUUAUAGUUCUAAAUUCGGCCUAUAUGCGAGUAUAUACAGUAAUAAAUUUUUUUUCACAAAUUACUUUUUAUUAACUACUAAAAUAAAAAGGAUUAAUGUAAACAAAGCUAAACUAUAUUCAGGUAUGCCUGCAUUUUGAAUUUAUAAAAAAUUCUGUUUGAAUUUAUAAAAAAUUCUGUUUGAAUUUAUAAAAAAUUAUGUUUGAAUUUAUAAAAAAUUAUGUUUGAAUUUAUAAAAAAUUCUGGGCAGGGGGCUCAGCCUCCUCCCCAACCCCACUUUUGUUCGGGUGACUUCGGCAGGCAUCCUCAAUUUCCGCUCCCCCACCACAUUUUCGUCUUUCAAAGUGGAAAAUGAUAGCACAUUUUUAUUUGCAAUAAUGUGCUCUGUAUAUAUAUAUAUAUAUAUAUAUAUAUAUAUAUAUAUAUAUAUAUAUAUAUAUAUAUAUAAUAAGAGACAUUAAAUAUACACAAUAUAUAUUUAUAUAUAUAUAUAUAUAUAUAUAUAUAUAUAUAUAUCUAUAUAUAUAUAUAUGAGAAGUGACAUUCAUUAGACAUACUAUAUGUUUAUUUAUUUACUAUUACAAUAUGGUAUUAUACGAUUUUGAGAUGGUAGACUACUAUUCUUAGACUAUAUUAGUAUAUUGGGAGUUACAGUGCAACCAGUUCUGGUAUUAACAAGUACACUGUACUACUGUAUGUUUAUAAUUUUAAGUAUUUUAUUAUAAAAAAAUAGUAAAAAAUAUUCUAUAAUGAAAAAAAAUUAGUCUUCAACUUCAAAGAAUCUAUAAAAAAUAAUUUGAUUAUCGUUCAGUAAAAAUCAACAUCCAGUUAUCAAUCUUAAAAAACAAACGAUGAGAAGAAUGUACAUCCUCAAGUUUUAGCCUAAACUGGGUCCAAUGUGACUUGUAGGAUGCCUGGUACCACUUUGAGUGUGUGGAUAUUAUUAUCUGUACCAGAAUUAAAAAGUUAUAAAAACAAUAAUGGAUCUGCGACCUUUGCUCACUGGGCCAUAAGUUUUAAGAGGCCUUCCCUUGUGUCCCAAAAAUUGGUACCAUAUGCUCCAAAUGAUGUCAAUAAUUCAACUUAUUUUUAAAAUUCACCAUCUUGCAUCAUGUUGUCAUCCCCAUACAUUACAAAAUACAAGUCAGUGAGAGGAAAUAAUAAUCGUUAUUAGUAACAUAGUGUUCAUUGUAAUUAAACAAUUUCCUUUAUGUUAUAUCUAAUAAUUUUACCCUACAGAGAGUUACCAGUUUUUUAAGUUUUGAUUAUCAAGAAGUAAGUGUUGUUGCCUUUCUUUUUUUACCACUUUUAAUUUCAAUAUCAAGUUUUGGUAUAUUAUGAGUUUUUCAUUACACAAAUGUUUAUAUUCAGCAUUACUUCUUGUCUUUGUGUGUAUCCCUACUAUGCUUGGUUGUCACAUAUAUGUGCUCUGUGAAGCUGGAUCAAAGGUAGAAAUUUAGUGUGCAUUAAUGAUCAUAUGGAUUGAUAUAAUAAUUUUUAACAAGUUUUGUUGAAUAAAUCAAGUACCGGUAAUUAAAUAUGUCUGUAUGGAUCUUAACCCGUUGACUCCUUAUGACUCAGCUGUACAUUUAUGUGACAUGCAACAGUUAUCGUUAUGGGCUAAAAUUUAUAUUCGUCACUAUCACAUUUAAUUUGGCAUACAUUAAAAAGUUAACUUUGGUGCACAGUGUAUUUUUUUAUUUAAGGUUAAUUAUAAUACUGCCCAUUCAAAGCUGUUUAUACUGUAAUGGUACUGUGAAAAUAAUAAAAAACCAUAAAAGUUAAAGUGGUCGGAAUAGAAACCAUCUAAUUAUGUCUUUACUACAUUCUAGCUGUCCAUAUUAUAAAAAACUUGUAUGCAAAUUCUGGAACUAUAACAAUAUUUAUUGACUGUUUUGUUGAUUGCAUCAUGUUUUAUUGUUUAAUUUGAAAUUGGAUUCUGAGAGGGUUGCACUGAUUAGCAAAAUUUUCAGAAAACAGAUUUAUCAGCCUUUCUACAUUUGAAGUCACCAAUCAAGUGGAGAAGGUCAUCUCUUCAAAUCUGGUUUGUAAAUAGUUGUGGAAAGUAUCUUUCUCUUCAUGGGCCUCUUCACUAGGUCCAUAUCGAAAUACAAAUACAACAGUUAAUUUUGAGUUCUUUGAAUUCAUCUUAGCUAGAGUAAUAGAUUGUUAACAGGUUUCCAUUUUAGGUUCAUGAUUGGUUAACUCAUGUUGAUGAUGAGCUCAACUCAUUGAUGGUGGUUGUGUUUUUUUAAAUUUUUUAUACUCAUUAGUCGAUUUGUGAAGUAGGAUAACCUAGAUAUUUAAGAAUUUAUUAUCUGAUACAAUUUUGAUCAAAAUGUUCAAGGUUCUGUUAGAGCUAUCUAAAUUAACAUCUUACAUCUGGGUAGCACUUUUUAUCUUCAAAAACUGAUUCCACGACUUGUCAUAAAGGGAAGACAUUGGUGCAACCCUAGUUUUGAGUUCACAGUUUCUUUGUUUUUUUUUUGUUUUUUUUUUGCAUAUUUCUUAUUUAACAAUCUAAACAUCAUUUUUUUUUUUUGCUGCUCAGGUUUUGGUACGCAUGUAGGAAAACUGUGCAAUACCAUUAGUUAUAAAUCAUGUUCUUCUAAUUUUAACUUGAAAGUAUGAUGAAAUUAUUUGGAGUUGGAGAGAAGCUUAAAUUACAAUAAUAAAAAAUUAGUUUCUCCACGGGGUGGCAUUGAAGCUUCAAAGCUUUAACAUUAAACUUAUGAGGGGUUUUAGAGAUUUGUGAUGACUAUUGGAGAAGAGGCUACAUCAUUAAAAUGUGAAGUCUUAGGCCGUUGGCUUUCUUUUCCAUUAAAGUGAAACUAAAGAUUCUAAAAUACCUUUUAAAUGAACUGCAAAUUUUAUAAGAACUCAUCAAGCAAUUAUUUAUUUAUUUAUUUAUUUAUUUAGGCAUUUUUAUAUAGCGCUUAUCAUAAAGCUCUAAGCGCUUUACAAUUAUUAAAACAUUUAAACUAAGUAAAUACAAAUGAGACACUAGGAUAGUAACUUCUAUUCUAUAGAAACAAUGAAAAUGGCUAUAAAACGAGGACACUUUGACACUUCAGGAUCAACCCGAAACAGAAAAUGAGGUAGGGCAAGGAGGGUGCAUCACAGGUCAUAGGCGGACCUAAACAGAUGAUAUAUGGAAGGGGAGCUGGUUCCAGAACGUGGGCCCAUGGAAGCAGAAGGAGCGUUCACCGAUGGUCUUAGUUUUAGUUCUUGGGAUUGAGAGGGUUCUACUGUCAAUGGAAGAACGUAGUUGUCUUGUGGGGAUGUAAGGAAGCAACAGUUCAGUUGGUAGUAGUAUUACCUCAAUGUAGAGACACCUUGCUUGCGGUCUUGAUUUAUUCACCUGUUUAGUAAUCAAGUGAUUACCAAACAACAUAAAUUGCUCUAUGUCAGCACUCAACUUAGCAAACAAAAUAAAUUGCUCUAUGAUUUAUUCCUUCUAAUCUAAUGUAGUUCUAAAUUUAAAGUAUCAGAUGUAAAAAAAAUUACCUCAGGUGUCUGGUGCAUAUUGAUCCUCUCAAUCCUCCGUAAACAACAGCUCCCUAAACAUUUUGUUAACGGAUAUAAUUUAUAAUUUUUUUUUUUCAUUCAAAAAGGUGGCUGACCCAGAUUCUAACGGAUGAUAAAUAAUUUCGUUUUUUGUCAAUGAUUCAUCUUUUAACUCUCUACUUUGUCUUACAGAUUAGUGAUGCUUCAACUCUUAGCUGGUCCACAAGGAUUAAAGGUUUCCUCAUCUGCUUUGUUCUUGGUGCUGGCCUCUCUAUCUUGGUAUGCAAUGGAUGGAUGCAAAAACCAAUUAUGACAGAUGCUAGACAUAUUUUAGCAAAUAUUUUAACAAAUAUGUAUCUCUUGGGGGCCCUCCAUAAGUGACUUGACAAAUCUUGGGGGGGGGGGGGGAUGGUCACAUUUUUGUUACAAUGUUUGAGACGGGAGGGGGCUUUAGUUAUGCGAUGUCACAUAAAAAGCGUAAUAGCAGAGGUCUGAGAAAUGGUCUCUGAUCAAGUUAUUGGCCCCCAUAAAGGAGCAAAAGGGGUAGUGACUUUGACAGUCAAGAGAAUUUAUGUCAAAAUGUGGAGAUAGGAGUCAUAGAAUUAGGACUAUGACGUGAAGUGGGAUGGAAGAUAACAAAUUGGUUGACCGGGGGUAGGGGGUGAUCUUAGUAAAUGCCCUAGGGCAGAGAUUUUUUACUUUUUUGCAUCACUGCAGGCCCAUUCCGUUUUAAACAUAUACACACACACACACACCACCACCACCACCACCCCCCCCCAGCAAAUAAAAUUUUCUGGUCUUCCACACCUCAGAGCUGGGGAGCUAUUUUUACCCUUGGUUAAGAACCACUAUUCUAGUGAAAUUUUUCCGAUACAGGUGCAGUAAUUGGAUAUCCAUGGGAGGGGAAUUUCUUAAGGAGUGGGGGAUGCAGAGAUUUGUGAUGUUAUAUUUGAAGAGGGGUCCAGCUUUUUGUGACAUUUGUAACGGUGGGGGGAAGUGGGGGUGGCAAAAUUUGCAUGAAGUCCCUUUGCAUGGAUGGCCCCCCUUGCACUCCCUUUACAAAUAAGAAUAAACUUUAUAUUAUGAUACCAACAUAUUUCCUCAGGAGAAACCAUGUUAUUUACAACCUACAAAGUUCUCCCAUUUAUAAACUGUACUUUGUGUGCUUUUGAAAGAUUGAUGUUAGUGUUAACCAUAAUGUUGGUGUUAUUAUUACCGGUGUUUCAAAGGCGCUAAAAGUGACCAUUCUUGUAGAAUUAAUAUAAAAUAAAAUACAUUUUUUAAAAAAAUUGUUAAUAAUAGAAAACUUUUGCUUAAGUGUAUGACAACAUUAUGGUCUUUUGUUGGAAUACUCAUUUGCCAUGUGUUUGAGACUAGUUGUAUUCCUGGUUGGUGCGUUUGUAAAAAUUAAUUUAAGUUAUUAUUAUGAUUAUGUCAACCUCAAAAAGGACACUUUCAAUGAAAUUGUUCAAAGAAGUAAAAUGCAAAAACUGUCAUACGUGCUGGAAAAAUCUUGACUUUGUUUUAUGUUGGACGGAACAAUAUUAGCCAAGUAACAAUGUGACUCCAAUAACUUAAUUUCAAUUGGUUAAUACAGAGCGCAAAUGUAUCUAAAUAGAACUUUAAAUUACCGGUAUACAAGUAUAAUAAAGUUAUACAGCAUACGUAUCUUUUAACCAUUGCUCAUGGUUUUUGUCAUCAAUAAUGGAUCUUACAGCUAGGGUAUCAACAAUAAUAUAAAACAUUAGGCACUGGUGGCCCAUACAUUUUAAGAAUCUUACAGCUAGGGUAUUAACAAUAACGUCAAACAUUAGGCAUUAGUGGCCCAUACAUUUUAAGAAUCUUACAGCUAGGGUAUUAACAAUAACGUCAAACAUUAGGCAUUAGUGGCCCAUACAUUUUAAGAAUCUUACAGCUAGGGUAUUAACAAUAACGUCAAACAUUAGGCAUUAGUGGCCCAUACAUUUUAAGAAUCUUACAGCUAGGGUAUUAACAAUAACGUCAAACAUUAGGCAUUAGUGGCCCAUAUAUUUUAAGAAUCUUACAGCUAGGGCAUCAACAAUAACAUCAAACAUUAGGCAUUAGUGGCCCAUACAUUUUAAGGAUCUUACAGCUAGGGUAUCAACAAUAAUAUUAAACAUUAGGCAUUAGUGGCCCAUACAUUUUAAGAAAUAACGUUAGGACAUUAGUACUGCAUUUUAGGGGCCUAAAGAGAAAAUGGAAUUAAAAUAAGACAUUCAAAUUUUUUGUUUCAGGGGAGCUGUUUACUAUUUUUACCUAAUGGCCUCAUCAUCUUUGCAGUUCUUUACACAAUAGGCAACAUUCUGUCACUCGUCAGGUAAAUGCUUUGGUAAACUUCAUGAAAACACGAUUCAUUUAAUUCAUUCUUGUUCCUCAUGCCCGCUUCCACUGGGGGAGGCGUCAUGUUAGGUAGGGUAAAGUUGGUGACCUUCCAUGAGGUGUGAGGCCUGCUAAAGAUUCAUUUUGUAGACUUUGAGGGUGUCUUGUGUGGUUGUGUGGUCUUUCUCUGGCCCUGAAACCUGAAUGCCUGUUAUUGUAGGCUGGCAAUACAGGUUGAUUGACAUGUAUGCUGACCAGGUGGCCAAACAAUUAAAUUGUUGGGCCAUAUAAUGGUUGCUAUGGCAACCUCACUCUUAUUUCUCGGGGGGGGGGGUGGGGCUUCAUUUUAUAUUUAUUUUUUUAAUAGAAAUAUAUAUUCUCUAUACGUCAUGUUCUUUGGACCCCAUCUCCACCCCCCUGUUGUUUGAGUCAUUAGAUCAUUUGCCCCAAUGAUAACCCACAUAGUUAAUGAACGCUUGUCUUCUGGCGCUGUAACCCCUCUUUGUAAGUGUCAUCAAACCAUUGCUUAAGAAGCCUGGUCUGGAUGCAAAUAAUUUAAAAAACUAUGGACCUGUAUCAAACCUAUCAUGUUUAUCUAAAGUCAUUGAAAAGCUAGUUCUAAAACAAUUUUUUGGUAACUUAAAUGACCACUCCCUUCUCAGUCCUCAUCAGUCGGCCUAUAGACAUUUCCACGGCACAGAGACAGCUCUCUUGAGAGUCAGGAUUGACCUCUUGCGUGCAAUGGACAGCUGUAAUGUCUCCAUCCUCAUCCUUUUAGAUCUCAGUGCGGGCUUUGACAAUGUUGACCAUGAAACCCUUUACAAAAUCCUUGAAAAUUACUUUGGAAUUUCUGGUUCAGUUUUUGCUCGGUUUAGAUCCUACCUCUCCGAUAGAAUGCAGGCAGCCUGUUAAUGGCUGUCUCUCCGGCAGUGCUGACUUCGUGUCUGUUUUGGGCCCAGUUCUAUUCACAAUAUAUCCCAGGCCACUGCUCCUCUUGCUUGGGAGAUAUGCUGUUGAGAGCCAGUCAUUCGCAGAUGACACGCAGCUAUACAAUCAUACCCUUCCCUCUCUUGUCGAUUCCGCUGUCCAGACUUUGCGGGAGAGCAUUGAUGAUAUCAAGUCAUGGAUGACACUCAGCAAGUUGAAGCUUAAUGACAAAACGGAAGGCACUCCUCAUUCACAAAUCAUCCUCUACCUCAACUCUCCCCACCUCCUUUCAAUUAAGUAACUCCGACAUACAGUUCAUAUCCUCUGCUAGGAAUCUUGGUUAUAAACUGCUAUCCUUCAGAUCAGCUCCAUCCGCCACUACCUCACAGUUAGCGCAACAAAAACCCUAGUCUGUGCUCUUGUUCUCUCUCGUCUUGACUAUUGUAACUCUCUUCUGUCAGGUUCACCAAAACACUUCAUAGGAAAACUACAAAAGGUUCAAAACUCGGCUGCUUGGCUAGUUCUAAAGGCAAAAAAAAAAUGUGAUCUUGUCUCUCCACUCACUUCAUUGGCUCCCUAAACAGGCACACAUUGAUUAAAAUUUGUCUGUUCUCUUUCACAACUAUUUCUCUGAUUCCUGCCCUUCAUAUCUAACCGAACCUCUUUCUGUCUAUUCAUCCCUUCAACAGUUUCGGAGACACGCAUAUUCUGUCUGUUCCCAAGACACACACUAAAACAUAUGGUGAACGAUUUUUCUCUUUCUGCGCCACCAAACAAUGGAAUUCUCUCCCACUACACAUCUGCAAUAUACCGAAUAGCCAGGCCUUCAAAACUGCACUCAAAACACAUCUCUUUAAACUCUACUACUACUACUACUACCCUGACUGAUUCCCCCAUCUGACCGAUAAAAGAGGCUGCUGGCUGCCGUCUGGGGUCGGUGUUGUGAAUAUACUUUUGUUUUUGUUUUGUUGUUAUACAGCUGUUUCUUUUAUAUAAAUGAAUAAAUGUGUUAUUUUUUAUGUUUGCUAAAAAUUUUAUGUACAGUGCGGUGAGCCCAGCCCUAGGCUGAGUACCGCGCUAUAUAAGACCACCAAUAAUAAUACAAUUUAAAUUAAUAAAUGAAUUUGAUACAUUAUUUUAGUACAAUAUGAAGAGGCUCAAGUCUAUGAAAGGAGAGUUGAUAAUUUAUGUUAAACUUUUGUCUACUUUUUUAAAAGAGCAAACCCCUCCCCUUCCCCAAUUGUGACUCUAAAAUGUUAAAAGUGCACCAUUUAUUAUAAUGUAUCCACGCAGCGUAUGGUAUUAAAGAAAAGAUUGAUUCGAACUACCGGUACUGUGUAUUUUUAAGAUUAAGAUAGCCAUUUUUUUGCAUGUAUUUCAAAACUAACCUUUUGUACUCAUAUCGGUGUUUAUUUAUAAAUAAGUUUUAAAUUUAUUUAGCAUCCAUUUUAAAAUAUUUUAUUCUCAUUUUUGUAUGUUCCUUGAAGCACAUGUUUCCUGAUGGGACCAUUAAAUCAAUUAAAGAAAAUGUUUGCAACAACAAGAAUCAUAGCAACAAUACUAGUCUUUGUAAGUGUUAUCUCAGUUUUUCAGCCUGAAUGUUUACAUGCUUUCUUUUAAACCAAGUAACUUUUUUUCUAAUUCAGUUUAGCAAUUAUUUUCACUUAUGGUUUUAGAAAAAAAUAUUUUUCAUGUUUAUUACUAUGUAAAAAGUAAUAAAGCUGCAUAUGAGGAAAUAGUUACAUAAAAUUUAAAAUUUCAUGACAUACUAAUUAAGCCUAUUAUAAAUAUUAACUUGGGGAUCUUUGUAUGAGUAUCUUAAUACCGGUAUAUAGUGAUUGGGGAAUUAGCAACACAUACAGUUGUUGCCUUGCUUAGGGAAACUAAUGAGAAAACAGAUAAUGUGGCCGUCAGUGAAGUUGAGAGUUGUCACCUAGAACAAGUUCUUCUAUCACUACAGCUACUGUUCACUAUUUAGAGGACAUGGCAUCUUUCAGUUGCUUAUCAAAUUCUACCUUGAACCCCAUUUAAGGAUUUGUGCAAUUUUCCUUUGUGUCCCUGACGAUUACCUUACAGAGCAGUCAUGCUUGUUAAUUAACAUGUUUAAUUUUUUUUUAAAGCCUUAUUUUUUUUUUUAUAGUUAUAGUGUCAUACAUGGUGUUGUAAAUAUAUUUUCACAGGUCAUGAUUAUACUCACUUUAGUUUUUGCAUUCGCAGUAAGUAUUACACAUUUUUUAAAAAUCUUAUUUAGCCAAGAAUUAUAUUUUUUUUAAAGCUAUUUUUUUUUUCUUAAAAAAGAUAUGUUAUAGAAUUCGGCUACAAAUAUGUGCAAGUUUUUUUUUUUUUUUUUUACAUUUUAUUUAAUUAAAAUUUGUCUAAGUAAACUUAAGCGAGAAAAACAUGGCUUUUGAGUACCAUUACUAAAAUGUCAUACUUUGAAAAGUGUUUUACCAGUUUUACAUUUAUUUUUUUUUUAUAUUUUUUUUUUUUUUUUUUAAAAAAGAUAUUUUAUAGAUUUCGGUUAUAAAUAUUUGCAAGUUUUUUUUUUUUUUUUUUUACAUUGUAUUUAAUUAAAAUGUAGCUAAGUAAACUUAAGCGAGAAAAACAUGGCUUUUGAGUACCAGUACUAAAAUGUCAUACUUUGAAAAGUGGUGUACCAGUUUUACAUUUCUUGGUACAGCAUUUUGAUGUAUUUGGGUGUAGCCCGCCUUAAUCAUGUGCAGUGCUCACUAAAAAUUUCUUGUUGAAACAUUGUUUCUACUAUUUGAAACUUUCCCAUCCUACAGACUAAGAUCAAGGGAUUGGUAAUAGUAUUCUGUGUGUUGCAGUUCCUUGCCCUUACGUGGUAUUCAAUAUCAUACAUUCCAUUUGCACGGUAAGUAAUAAAAAAUAUAUUUUAUAUACAUUAAAAGUUAAUCAUGAUAAUAAAACACAUGCUUACUGUAACUUGUCUUUAAUGAAUUAUUUGAACUGUACUAUUUAUUUGAUGAUUUAAUGGAAUAUUUUUGGAAUUAUUUAUCAACAGAGAUGCUGUCAAAAAAUGCUUCGCCGCUUGCAUUGAAUAAAUGGACCAUUAUUUAAUUCUGUGACAUGUGUGCAAAUGUCAGCUAUUUAAACAUAUGCCAGCCUUGCAUUCAUGAAUGGAACAGUUCGUAAUAUGUUUAUAUUUAAUUUUUCUUUGAUGCUUUCUAAUUUAAAAGAUAUCUUCAUUAUAACAAAUGCAUGUAAGUUGUGUAAGGUGAUUUGUGUUUUUGUGUAUUGCCUAAUUGCCCCUAAUCCUCAACUUUACAGAAAUUGCAAAUAUAAAUGAGUACAUUGUUGGUAAAGGCAGACAUGAGCUUUUGCUUCAAUUAAGUGAUACACAAACUAAACAAAAAAAAGGGUAUCAUUUUAGAUAUGCAUUAUAUUACUGAACUGCCUUUUUAAAUUCAGUAGUGCAGUUUUCUAUUAAUUAAAACUUUUGCCUUUUAAAAUUUAAGAGCAAGCGAAUGGUUAACAUAAAGCCUGUUGUUGAAUUUUCCAUCUGUAUAAUUAGAAAGAAUUCUGAACAGUUUUCCAUUUUGAUUUUGUUCAGAUAUUGAAAUACAUUGGAUAGUGCAAAUUGUUUUCAGCUUCUAUCAAAAUUUCAGAAUUGAUGGUGGCGAUGUAAUUUUACCAAAGGUUUAUUUUUUUAUUAUCAGGUUUUAAGAAAAUGUACCUAAAAUUUUUUUCCAUUCUUUUUCUCAGGAACCUAUUUGAAAAUAAGUGCAUAUAGUUAGAGAACCCCUUUUGCAGCAUACUCAAAAUCAAACUAUUCAAACUUGUUAGAAAAAAAAAAAAAGAGUAUUUUUGUAUUCCUUUAAUUUUUUAAAAUUCUAAGAUUUCUAUUGGGAACACUUGUGUGCCUUGAUGCUUCUUGUCAUGUCAGCAGUCCUUCUGACUCUGAAUCAAACUAUUUACCACAGAGCUCAUUUUAUCAUAUGGCCAAAUGGUUGAAAUAUCUCAGAAUAUUUUGCUUAUCAUAUGUACAGUUAUAAUAAAUAUUUUGAACAAUGUAAUGCAAAUAAUGCUUUCUUUACCUGUGAAAUAUAAAUUGAAUAUUUCAAAGAAUUGACGUUGUCGUCCAGAAAAGGUUGACUUCAUAUUUCAAACAAACAUUCUUUGCAAUAAAAGAAUACAAGAGUUUCUAGAGACAAUAAUUUUAAUUUC